AUGAAAGAAGAAGAAGCUCUUCAGAAAGAAAAAGACAGAGAGUUUAAUAAAAGAGCUAAGUUUGCAGCGAACUUUUGGAAAUCCUUUCAGAAGGGAUUGGGAACCAAGGUUAACCUCAUCACAACUUUUCAUCCGCAGACAGAUGGUCAGGCAGAGCGUACUGUUCAGACUCUUGAGGACAUGUUGAAAGCACGUGUCCUAGAUUUCAAAGCUCUGUAUGGGCCAAAGUGUAGAUCACCCAUUGGUGAAGUAGAGUUGUUGGGACCAGAUUUGGUCUAUCAAACUAUAAAGAAAGUCAAAUUGAUUCAAGAGCGAUUGAGAACGACUCAAAGUCAUCAGAAGUCCUAUACAGAUGUCCAGGUUAGUCAAGUAGCUUAUAAGAUUGAGUUGCCACAAGAGUUGGCUGCUGUUCACCUAGUGUUCCAUGUGUCUAUGUUGAGAAACUGUGUGGGAGACCCGUCGUUGGCUGUUCCUGCUGACACUAUAAUUGUUAAGGAUGCCCUAACCUAUGAGUAG